GUAAAUUGAAGGCUGACGCUGUUAGCAAGAUGGCGGAAGUCAACAGGAUGCCGUCUGCUAAAGAGGCAGAAGCCUCCUUGGAUUCCAGAAAAAGAGAUGCCCUUGCAAAUGGACUGUUUGAGCUUCUAAAACCUGCCGUUGAUGAAAUCGACGAUAGAGUGAAAACAGUAAGAGAAAGUCAGAUAGAACUCAGACAGCAGAUUGAUAGCCUCUGUGAUGACCUUAAGAAGAUUUCAGAAAGUGAGGCCACGCCUGUAGAGCUGGAGCCGUAUGUUAAGAAACUCAACAAUUCUCGCCGCCGUGUCAUGCUGGUGAACAGCAUAUUGCAGAAUGUGCAGGAAAGACUGCACAAACUUCAGAAUAAUGUCUCCAAGGAAACAGCACGACGCAAAACAAUGCUGGACCCGCCCGCCUCUGCUCAGCUUAAGUAAGGGGCGUGCAUACAAACCAAAGAUCACACCAUGGACGGCUAUUGUGUGCAAGCAUGUUAUGUUGCAAAAACUGAAUAGUUUGAGUUGAGCUACCAUGUUCUGAAGUGAAGCGAAAUGUACACAUUCAUGAAUGUGCGUGUACGUGCAAUAUUUCAAGUAUUCUGGUCAGAUGCAGUCCUACAAAAAAAUGUGUUGAGAUUUAAGAUUUAGUUUUGUAGCAUCAUGUCAACAUUUGAAUAAAGCUUCUGUAAGAUGACUAGGCACAAAAUUAAUAUUAUUGCAGAACUUAAGUAGAGUUGUAGUAAUCAACAAGUUUACAUUCGCAAAGGUGGGUGAAAAAAG